GUCUCGAGCGCACUAUGCUCCUUCUCUAGCUGCUUAUACCCCAACCGUCAUCGCUCUGCAUUUUCUCCAAUAAUCCCCACUCAGAUAUCUCUUGCAGCUGCUGUCAGACUUUUUGCACCGCAUCACAAGUUUUAGCCAAGAUCUUUCGAGCUCAUCACAUCCCCACAUUUCGCAGUCUACUCACGACUCGAUCUCUUCACUUGAGGAUCAUUCGACAUGGCGUACGUAGCUACUCGACCAAGACCCUCUGCCCCUUCGGAUGGCUCGCGGACGAUUACCUUGAACGAGACACAGUCUGGAGAGGAAGGCACUCUUUCUGAGGCAGGCGGCGAGUCCAUAGGUCGCUUGCGCCUGAGAGGAGCGACGAGGACACAUCAGCGUGUCGUUUGGAGGGAAGAUGUUGUAGACAAUGAGGGAGCUGGGAAAAAGUCAUCUAAAAUAUGUUGCAUCUACCACAAACCACGCCGAUUUGAUGAGUCUUCAUCCGAAGAAUCAUCCUCAGAUUCGGACUCUGGGUCAGACUCGUCGUGUAACCACAACCGCCCCACUCAUCGGAAACGUACUCGUCGUCUGCCGCCAGAUCAGAGUGGCGAGGGCGGCGAGGCAACGCGCAGCAGUGAGGGCGAGAGUACCGUACACACCCUCCAAGCGAGCUCCGAUGAGGCAAACACGUACGAGCGGCUGCCUGGGAGCAAGCACGCUCACCCCCACUCGAAAGGAAAGAAACCCCUGCGGCCUAAUAAUAACUGAUCGAUGGAAGUGGGCGCUAUAAUUAGUUCACGGCAAUGCAGUUUUGUUUUAAGAUUGGCGAGCGUGUUCGCUGGUGUAGAUGAUAUACCUUAUUAUUCGUUGUAUUCAUGGCUGGUGCCUUU